CUUGGUUACUGCGAUGAUCUUGGUACGUUACAUGAGUCUACUGCUUUACUCUUUCAAAAGAAAAAAAGAAGUUACUAUUAUUGAAAUGAGUAGUGUUACUAACUGAAACUUCAUGGUAUUUGAGUACGCUCCUAACGGGAACUUACAAGAGAAACUACACGAAAGGGAAAAGGAAGUGCUUUCAUGGAAAACCCGCACUUCCAUAGCUUUCCAACUUGCUCAAGCAAUCGAAUACCUUCACGAAAAGUGCACCCUCCAUAUAGUUCAUGGGGACAUCAAGCCAUCUAAUGUCUUGCUAGACCAGUAUUUUAAUUGCAAGCUGUGCGACUUCGGGUCAGCGAAGAUGGGGUUUUCUUCAACGGUGGUGCCGCUAUCUUGUUCCAGGACGAAGCAAGUAAUGGUUGGGUCACCAGGUUACACUGACCCUCAUUACUGGAGAACUGGAUUGGCCUCCAAAAAGAACGAUGUUUACGGCUUGGGUGUUAUUAUCUUGGAACUCGUGACUGGAAUGAAGGCCUUUUGUCCAGAAAAGGGUCAACUGUUGACUUCAAUUGUGGCACCCAAUUUAAGGGACUUAAGUGAGCAUGGGGCGGAGGAGAAAGUGGCACAAUUGGUGGAUCCACGUCUGGCUGGAGAGUUUGACUUGGAAGAAGCCAGGUGUUUGCUUUCAAUUGCUGCACUUUGCCUACACCAGUCUCUCACUGUUAGACCUUCUGUUUCUCAAAUCAUUGAAAUGAUUAAGGAGAAAAUCACUUCCAUCGGCUUCCUGUUUACACAAGCCAAAGAUUGCCAUUAGCAGCUAAUUGAGGGUGUUUGGGGUUAUGCUUUCAAAUUUGAAAUUGUUCAUAAUUAGUUUACUACAUUUUUCUUGUGAGUAGAUUUGCGAAGUCAAAAUCAGGGCAUUUACUGCAGAAAGUAAGCCCCUGAAUUAGAGAAGGAACAACAUUAUUGUGGAAAUAUUUAGGAUACAAGUUUGUUUUACUGUAAGUGGAUAGACAUUGGACAGCUGAAUUGGAUUUUGAUUGUUUAAUGCUUCAUUUCCUCAAA